AUGGUGGACCGUCGGUCUGAUAUGCGAACAUGGCAAAAUAAACUUUAUAAUUUGCAACGAGAGGCUCCCAAACCGUUUCCGGUAGUCUGUUUUGAGCAUCUUAAUCAUGUCCCACAUCAAUAUGGUGCUGCUUAUCAUGGUCCUUUGAGCCGACAAGGGACUGAGGAACUUCUGAGUGGACAGCCUUCUGGUGCCUACCUUAUUCGGGAUAGUCAGCGGGCGGAUGGAGCCUUCACUUUGGCCAUUAGGUUCGACGACUCAACAAAAAAUUAUAAGUUAUUUUACGAUUCGUCCUCUCAAUUGCAUUAUGUUGGAGAAAAGAAAUUUGAAUCUGUUGACCAACUGGUAGCUGACGGAUUGAUUUAUUUACACAUCGAAACCCGUGGAGCUGAUAUUUUGCAGAAGUUGUCAGAGGCUAGUAACUAUGAACACUCGCCUUACUACAAGACACGCUACCAUACAGUGAAUGCCGUUCCCCCGCCUACCAGACCCUCGGUCGCUGCCAUCAGCAGCGCCAAUUACCGACGCCAAUCCUCACUCGAACUGUUCGAUGGGUCUAAAAAGCCUUCUCCCAUUCGUCUCAUUCAAUCAACCCAGAGUGCUGCUGCUGAUGAGGUCGCCAACGGCGUCAUCAACGAUCCCCCCAAGAAACCCUCUGCUGCAUUGUCCGGAUCCGUUGACAAACCUGCCCGUAGCACCUCGCUACCCUUUUCAAAACAGCGGAUUGAGCUCGCACUUGGGCCCUCCACUGCACCAGUUGCCAAGCCUGACUGCUCCACUGACACCACCGGCAUCGCCCGUAGUAGCACUAGUAGCGGUAGCAGCAGCGGCCACGCCAGUCUAAAGACCCGUCAGCCUAACAAAGGGGAGCACACCGUUGACGAUGGCAGUGGUGGAGAGAGCCGCCGCCGAAAGGCGUUUGGCGGUGUCCAACAUCACCGCACUCUCGCCUCCACUCUACCGGUGAAUCUGGAUGGUGCAAACAUGCAUACACCUGGGCGCAUCAGUGGUGAGGUUGCGAUUACUUGUCCUACGGCCACGCCAGCCCCCACUCUCGUGCACGUCGACGUGGAAAAGGCGCACAAUUUUCGCAUCCACACCUUCCGAGGGCCACAUUGGUGCGAUUUCUGCACCCACUUUAUCUGGGGCCUUGUCUCACAGGGCGUGAAAUGCACCGACUGCGGUUUUCAGGCUCACAAGCGCUGCUCCUUAAGCGUUCCCAACGACUGUCUUCCAGAUAUGAAACGUCUCAAACGAGUCUUCGGUGUGGACCUAACCAGUUUGGUUCGUGCCGAGAACAGGACUGUACCUCAGGUGUUGGUCAAGUGCAUUACCGAAUUAGAGCGACGAGGUGGCCUUGUGGCGGAGGGGGUCUACAGGGUUCCCGGAAAUCAAGAAAUCGUCGAGGAUUUCCGCAUAGCUUUGGACAAGGACUGCGAAUCAGUGGAUCUCUCAGAGAAGAGAUGUAACGAUCUGAAUACAAUUACGAGUCUCAUCAAGUCCUUUCUUCGUCAACUCCCGAUUCCUCUCAUCACCUACGAGGCCUAUCCCGAACUGAUUGAUAUUGCCCGCGAUGAACAACUCUCAGAGGAGCAGAAACACGACUUUUUCAAGGGAUGCAUCCAACGGCUUCCAUCGGCCCACUACUACUGCCUCCGGUACUUGAUGGCCCACUUGAACAGAGUUGCGGAACACCAGCGCGUGAACAUGAUGUCGUCGGAAAACCUGGCCAUCGUGUUUGCGCCCAGUCUGAUGAGCUCCUCUUACACAGACCCACUGAGUUGUCUGGCGGGGGCCAAGUUUGAGCAGGCAGUAGUUAUUAGACUGAUCACGGACUUUCCCACCAUCUUUGAUGGCGACGAUUGUGUACCCAGCGCACCUCCCUCCUCUUCCGCCUCGACUACCACCUCCCGCUCGACCAAUGCCUCCUUGCGCUGA